CUUCCCCCCUGCCCAGCUACACUACAGGCUGGAGCCCCGGCAGCACGGCGCGCAACACAACACUCUGACAGCUGCCUGCGACUGACUCAAAACCCAAGAGGGAAAGAUGGAGCACAGAGAAGCCGACUGCAACAUAAUGUUAAUGACCGACUCGUACAAGGUAACACAUUACAAACAGUACCCCCCCAACACGAGUAAAGUGUACUCCUACUUUGAGUGCCGUGAGACGAGGACAGACCCGAGCAAAAACAGAAAGGUCAAAUAUGACAAAACCGUCUUCUACGGCCUGCAGUACAUCCUCCAGAAAUACCUUAAAGGAAAGGUGGUGACUCCAGAGAAGAUCCAGGAGGCGAAGGAGGUAUACAGAGAACACUUCCAGGAUGACGUUUUCAACGAGAAGGGAUGGAAUUAUAUCUUGGAGAAAUACAACGGACACCUGCCUAUUGAAAUCAAGGCGGUGCCGGAGGGGAGUGUCAUCCCUCGAGGCAAUGUUUUGUUCACAGUGGAGAGCACGGACCCUGAAUGCUAUUGGCUCACCAACUGGGUGGAGACCAUCCUGGUUCAGAUCUGGUACCCCAUCACUGUGGCGACCAACUCCAGAGAACAGAAGAAGAUCCUCGCUAAGUACCUGCAGGAGACCUCUGGGAACCUCGAGGGCCUGGAGUAUAAACUACAUGACUUUGGCUACAGAGGCGUCUCCUCACAGGAGACUGCGGGCAUCGGGGCCUCUGCCCAUCUGGUCAACUUCAAGGGCACAGACACAGUCGCUGGCAUCGGUGUCAUUAAGAAGUACUACGGCACCAAGGACCCCGUUCCAGGCUUCUCAGUGCCCGCUGCAGAGCACAGUACCAUCACAGCGUGGGGGAAGGACCAUGAAAAAGACGCCUUUGAGCACAUCAUCAAGCAGUUCCCCAGCGUGCCUGUGUCCAUAGUCAGCGACAGCUACGACAUCUACAACGCCUGUGAGAAGAUCUGGGGAGAGGACCUGCGGGGGCUGAUAGAGAAACGCAGUGCAGACGCCCCGCUGGUUGUUCGACCAGACUCUGGGAACCCGCUCGAUACAGUUUUGAAGGUUUUGGAGAUCUUGGGUAAGAAAUUUAUUCCAAAGGAGAACUCAAAAGGAUUCAAGGUCCUCCCUCCUUACAUCAGAGUCAUUCAAGGAGACGGAGUAGAUAUCAACACACUGCAAGAGAUUGUGGAAGGCAUGAAGGAACACAAGUGGUCCAUUGAGAACAUUGCCUUUGGGUCCGGAGGGGCUCUGCUGCAGAAACUGACCAGAGACCUGCUCAACUGCUCCUUCAAAUGCAGUUACGUGGUGACUAACGGCCUUGGGGUAAAUGUCUUCAAGGACCCAGUGGCGGACCCCAACAAGAGGUCAAAGAAAGGUCGCCUGUCUCUGCACCGGACACAGGGCGGAGACUUUGUCACCCUAGAAGAAGGGAAGGGUGACCUGGAGGAGUAUGGCGUGGACCUGUUGCACACAGUCUUUCAGAACGGGAAGAUGGUGAAGAUGUACACAUUCGAUGAUGUCAGAGACAAUGCCAAGCUCAAGGAGAGUGAGCUUGAUGAGCUGCAGCACUGAACGCAGCACUACUGAACCCCCCAACUUUUCACCCUAACCCCCCCCAAAUACCCCCCCUCCACCUUCUUCAUUUCACCUUUUGGCCUCUGACGUCACCUCCGGAAAACGGUGGUAAUGUGCACUGCUAAUACAACCCACUCCCAAAGCCUGAGAGCCCCACUACCCCCCACAAAAAAAAAAAAUGUUCCCUAAGAAAACCUAAGAUCUACCUUAAUAUUCACAGAACUUACCUUCACAAUUUAAAAAAAAAGAAAAACCUGCUCUGGGUCUCUAACAGAGUCGGGAAUUUGGAAUCAACACACACCUGAGGAGGGGAAAAAAAGCGUAAGUCAGGAAAUUACAGAUGAGUUAGAGGGAGAGAAGAAACCAUUAUGAUGACUUCUUCAACCUCCGCCCCAAAAACAAACAAAAAAGAAAAUCAGCAUGUUGCACUGAUCGGCCUAGACAUGUUGAAAAGUGAGACUGCGAUUGGCUAUCGGGGGCGAUGUGUUAGCAGACUUUUUCAUGCUGACACAGAAGCAAAUCAGAAGAUUGUAGAUUUUUCUUCUCCUUUUUCUUUUUUUUUAAAUAAGCUCCGAGCGCAACGAGCCCACAGUAAGUCCGAGUGAGGACGAUCAUGGCUGAGAGAGAUAUCCAAUUAUGAAGCCACGCCCACACCAGUGACCGUGCCCCGUGUAUUGUGUACAGAACUGUUUAGAAAAGAAUUACAUGUCUGAAUCUACUUAGCUUUGUCUUUUAUGUGAAGGAUGAUGAUAAUGGUAGUAUAUAAUGAUGCACCAAUAACAUUGACCCAAAAACUGUUAAUGUGUUGCUUCAUAAACAUGUAAACUAUAUUUCUGGGUGAUUAUGGAGUUCACCCCCUUUGCUUGCUCUUUAGCCGAAGUUAUUCAUCAUGUACUACCUGAAUAUUUUCUACUCUUACUCUGCCAAAUCGAUUGUUAUUGGUGCAUCUCUUAAGGUUUAUUAAUGAUCUACUUGCCAUUAUGUUGCCCAAAGAGUAUCCCCAUAAUGACAGCCCAAUCCAGCCCAGUCAUUACAUAAAGAUAUACCUUCUUUUUUUUUUUUACACGUGUAAAUUAUAAUUAUGAUGAUAGGUUAAUUAUAAGGAGAUAAUUUCCUAUUAACAAUUUGAUAUUCUAAAUAAUCCCAACAUGUUAACAAGAUGACAUGUUUAAAUUCCAGUGAAAAGUUUUGGAUUAAGCCCUCAUGGUGGUGAAUGCUCUGAAAACCAAUCUUUGGGUUAAAAAAAAAAAAAAAAAACCUACAUUGAAAUUGUCUUCACAGGACUGAAGAUGAUCUAACUAUGUGUUUAUGAAAGAUUAAAUAUGUGGCUCCCAGGCAGACAUGAAUUUGUUAAAUGUUGGUUCUGAUGUGCAGGAAUGAUUGAAAGUGUGUGUGGUUGUGUAGCGUGUGUGUGUGUGUGCGUGUGUACUGAUAAUUUCUUCCUCUGAAGGAUCGUCUCGUAUCCCUUUAUGCAAAUGAACUUGUUGAUCGAGGGAAUAAUCAACAACACUCUUCCAUUUACUUUGCCGGCGUUUUAUUUUGAAAGGAGACGCAGCGUUGUGACAUACAAGUGAGUGAAAGUAUCCAAGAGGCAGAAAAGUGAGACUCUGUCGCCCUCGAUAUCACUGCCCUAAAGAGGGAAAAGCCGGGUGUGUUGUUUGGAUUUGUUGCCGAGAUAUAAGUGAAGUCUUGCUUCAGAGUGCCACUCCCCUUUUGCAUUUGUGUUUAGUCACAUGGUUGAGUAGUCUAUGGGUUGAGUUGGCCCUUUUCAGAGUGAAGGGGUUUGAUUGGAGCAAGGGGCUAGUGACAUCACAGGUUAAAAAAAAAAGUUUGUUUAUACUGAAAAGCAAAAUAUGUGUGUUCCUCCUACUUAGGGUUUUGGCACAUAAUAGACACACUGCCAGUGUAGAACCACAUACAACUCAAAAAGAUUCCAACAUGUUAUUUCUGUCUACACUAGUAGCUACACUGUUGGAUUGAUUUUUAUAAACCUAUAUAAUAAAUCUAAAAGUAGUUUGAGACCAAAUGCCUGAAAAACUGAUGACAUUCCUAUCAGGCUCAAUUGCAAUUUUGUGGGUUUCUAUCAUGCCACAUUUUGCUCACAUUAGCACAUAGCUCCAGGUGUAGCAUCAAAAGGCUGCUAGCAUAGCAGUAGACUGCCUUUAAAAUCUUUGUUACAUGCUUUUUUUUGGCCCCCUGGUGCUUUUAAAUUCAUGGCUUCACACAUUUUCAACAGGGAGCUCACUAACGAUAACAAAACCUGCUAACUGUUAGCAGCCUCAGUGGAUCUGUUAGAGCUUCCGUGACCUUUCCAUUUGACCCUGCUAGAUUUCUGCGAUUUUUAGGGAAGACCUUGAAGAAACCUGUGAUGUCACUUACUCCAGUUUCCCUUCUCUGGCUCCGACUUAGCUGCUCCUACACAGACAAAGCUGGUAAACGACACAUGCAAAAAGAAAACAACACUUCUUUAGUUUUCCGUCUGUCUGCACUCCUCUCUGUUAUGACCUGUCACAUUACUUGUUGUCCAGCUUUUCUGGAGCAACAACACAGUUCAGUGUUCGUUUUGUUUUAUUGCUCAAAUUCAGAGGUGCAUUCAUUUCACUAUUUCGAUACUGUCUCAGUUCUUACCUCAAACUUCAUUUUGUAUGACCAAGGGUGGGGAAAAAAAUGCCCGAAUUAUUGCAGUAAAUAUCCUUAUUUACAAUGUGGCCAUACUGCCUUCUCACUUGUACAUACAACAACUAGUUUGACUGAAAGCAGAGCGGGCAGGUUAGGGAGACCACCACAAAAGAUGAUAUUAUUAUUUUUGUCGGAACAACGGUUUUUUUUCUACCAACAGAAGAAUAUCCAAAACAGCUCGUGUGAAUUGGACGUGUGUGACUGUUUUUGUGACUGUCAAGCUUUUAGCUUCUGUUUGCGCAUGAGUGUGAAUGUGUGUGUGUGUGACCGCCUUGUGUAUAAUGGAUGAAAAAGUGUUUGUGGAUACUUUAUUUUCUUUAUGUUGUUGUUGUUUUACUUGUAUGUAUAUGUUGGUUGUCCCAAAUCCUCUCCCAACACAACUGAUAUUUUAACAAACAUAACUUGCUAUAUUGUCAACAAUACAUUGAUUAAAGAUGCCACCCUGUCAAUUUGAAA